UCAUCAUAUUCCGGGUUGAAUUUUGGUCACAGAGGAUCCAAGAUGGCGACUCACAUGUCGAGGUGCAGAACCUGGAGUCGUGUUCAAAGAUUUGGGAUCGCAGCUUACAGAAAGUACAGCAGUGGCAGCGGAUACCCUAAUAUCGCACUGUCGUCACCGCUGCCUGGGAUCCCCAAGCCGGUGUUUGCAUCGGCGGAUGGUCAAGAAAAAUACGAGACCAGGAUCACUACACUAGAAAAUGGCCUCAAAGUUGCGUCUCAAAACAAGUUUGGUCAAUUCUGCACAGUUGGGAUCUUAGUAAACUCUGGAUCCAGACAUGAAGCAAAGUACCCGAGUGGAAUAGCACAUUUUGUAGAGAAACUCGCCUUUUCUUCCACAGCUCAGUAUGGGAGCAGAGAUGAAAUUCUCCUCACGUUGGAAAAACAUGGAGGGAUAUGUGACUGCCAAACAUCCAGAGACACUACAAUGUAUGCGGUGUCUGCUGAGGUGAAGGGACUGGACACGGUGGUCAGUCUUCUCUCUGAUGCUGUUCUACAGCCUCGUCUGCUUGAUGAAGAGAUCGAGAUGACCAGAAUGGCGGUGCGCUUCGAGUUAGAAGAUCUGAACAUGAGGCCAGAUCCUGAACCCUUACUGACUGAGAUGAUCCAUGCUGCUGCAUAUCAGAACAACACAGUGGGACUGCCUCGUUUUUGUCCCGUCCAUAAUGUGGAUAAGGUUGACAAGAACGUGCUCCACGGCUACCUGCGUAACUACUACAGCCCUGAGCGGAUGGUGCUGGCUGGAGUGGGCAUCGAGCACGAGCAGCUGGUUGAAUGUGCCCGGAAAUACCUGCUGGAUGUGACACCAGUGUGGGGACGUAGCUCAGUGGCAAAUGUGGACCUCUCUGUUGCACAGUACACUGGUGGCAUUGUGAAGAUGGAGAAGGAUAUGUCAGAUGUGAGCCUUGGCCCCACCCCAAUCCCAGAGCUCACCCACAUCAUGAUCGGCCUGGAGAGCUGCUCCUUCCUGGAGGACGACUUUAUCCCAUUCGCAGUUCUCAACAUGAUGAUGGGUGGAGGUGGCUCAUUUUCUGCAGGCGGACCUGGAAAAGGCAUGUUCACCCGUCUGUAUCUGAAUGUGCUCAACAGACAUCAUUGGAUGUAUAAUGCCACCUCGUACCACCAUAGCUAUGAGGACAGUGGUCUGCUGUGUAUCCAUGCCAGUUCAGACCCCAGACAGGUUGGUGCGGAAAUGGUGGAAAUAAUAACCAGAGAGUUCAUUCAGAUGGCUGGCAAUGCAGGAGAGAUGGAGCUAGAGAGAGCGAAGACUCAGCUUAAGUCCAUGUUGAUGAUGAACCUUGAGUCACGGCCGGUCAUUUUUGAAGAUGUGGGUCGCCAGGUUCUCUCCACGGGAAAGAGAAAGCUGCCACAUGAACUGUGUGAUCUAAUUAGCAACGUGUCAGCCAGUGACAUUAAGAGAGUGACCACCAAGAUGCUGCGCAGCAAGCCCGCAGUAGCCGCUCUGGGAGACCUGACAGAGCUGCCCUCAUAUGAACACAUCCAGGCCGCCCUGUCCAGCAAGGACGGACGUCUGCCCCGCGUUUAUCGCCUCUUCCGAUAGAUCCACAUGGCCACAGAGCUGGUCGUCACAAGCAAACAUCAGUGUAAAUAAGCUGGACUGAAAGAUUAUACUAGUGUUCCCUCCAACGUACACAGAACUCAACAUAGCUCUCUCUGGGAGGGGACUAAUACCCGGGCUCUCCACCGAUCACAGUGGGGAUUUUAAAGACAAGCUACAUUUUACUCUUCAGUAUCGUAGUCUUUAUACAGUGAGAGGUUCUGUAUUUAUUGUGAGUGAGCACGAAGCCAUAUUUCAUUAUUUACUGAGGUGGUUUGCAGGAGUUUUUGAUGUAAAAUGGACAAUUCUCCCAGAAACUAAAUUAAAAUGUUUAUUUCCCUUUUAAUACCACCUUCCCCAACCUGUUUGGUUAAAAUGUAAUCAUGUACUGUAUGGCAUUUCAUUGUAGAAUCAUCCUCAACAUAUAGUCAAGAGAAGGGCUUGUUUGACAUCCCCAGCUGUGUCUACACUGCUCUAACAGAUCGCCACCCGUGGAUGGAACCAAAAGAAGAUUCAAAACUAUUUAUUCAAAAGCGCUUAAUUAGCUCAGUUCUACAGAAGAGUGUGAGGGCCAGGUACCAAGAAACAACGAGUGGAUGAGACUUAUAUGUUUUUAUUUUGAGAAGAAAAAUCCAAAUGUAUAGCUUAUAGUUGAGAUUGUAGUUUAAAAUGCACACAUAAGAAAUAAUGAGAAUCCAGUUUACAUGGUGAAAAUGAUCUUGAGAGGAAGGUCUUAACGUAAAAAAAAUGUUUCCUUAACUUGGCAGGCUUAGUUUGACUUAAUUCUUCAUAUUUCAACCUAAUCUCCACAUUUACAUUUUUUUUAAGAAUAAAUUGAAAUCCUUUAAGUGUUUUAAUAUGCCUGGUCCUGAUACUCCUCUGUACAAUGCACAGGCAGUAUAACGCAACACUAUACACAGCAACAUAAUAAAAUGAAUAAAGUUCUGGAUAAAUCAUUAAACCUCACCUCAAACCGUUGACAUGCUGUCCUCAAGACUGAAAUCAUGGUUUUUUAUUUUUUUAGAAUUCAAGUUCUUGCACUUUCCCCAUAAAAUAAAUAACAUUUUUUAGUUCAACACCCAAAUACAUGGAAGCCGUAAGUGGACAUAGAUCCAUAUAUUUUUCCAUGAUAACGAUUAGAUUUUGUUUUCUUUAGGUGUCAACUGAAUAAUCUUGUCGUCUCGGGAUAACAAUGCUGGUGUAAAUGUGAUAACGAGCUAAUUCAGCAGUUUCGUCAAAGUCUCAAGAAAUGACUCAGCAGCAUUAUAGUCCCAAGACAACAAGAGAAGUAUAUUUGCGAUCUCAAGAAAAAAAUGUAAAUCACUAGAUAUCGCAGGCAAAUUGAGUAAAAUAUAUGUAUGAAUGUCCGCUUAAGUCUUCCUUACAAAUAAACCCGAGUCUAUUUCUACAGCAGUGAAUGUGGCUCGUAACAUCUCUGUACCAACAGGUAAAUGUAAUGACUUCCAUCAAUAAAAUUGUAUAUUUUAA